AGUCGCUGCAGCUGAAACACCUUUUGACGGAGCCGGUCAUUCACUCUAAGGGCGAGGGCUUUAGCGGCACUAUCUAUCGUAAUAGGUCUUCCAUUUUUUCUUCCUUUUUUCAAGGCAAAACGACCUCAAAGCAAAGAAAGAGGCGUACCCGCACACACACACUCCCUCUCCCUCCCUCCCUCCUGCAGAUUGACGCGUCGCGGCUCACGUCAAAACGUGUAAAAAAUCGACUUUCUGCUGUCUUAUCGACUUUUGAGUUUUUUGAUUUUUUUUUUGGCAGGACUGUUAAUUAUUUAUCUGUUCGAGUGUGUGUGUGUGUGUUGAGGGUGUCGAGCGUCAACAUGUACGAGGACGAGACAGAGGUGGAUCUGAUGGAGGCCCUCGGGGUCGCCAUCGAGGCGGCGGAGAAGGCGGGCCGCAUCAUCUGGCAAAGCGUCGAGAAGCGCCGCGCAGCCGCUGCCGCAGCGGCAACGAUGCGCAGUGCACCCUCCAACAACGACGCCACCACCGCUGCUACUCCUACUGCAACUACCGCACGCUCAGGGGGGCCUAGCGAAUCGCUCUCCACUGACCUGCUGAUCGAGACAAAGACAUCGGCGACGGACCUCGUUACGCGGUACGACACGCAGUGUGACGAGGUCAUUACCCGCAUCUUGCGGCAGUACGCCGCGGAGGUGCAAAAGGACAAGCCGCACGUGCGCUUCGCCUUCAUGACGGAGGAGCUGAACCCGACGACGCCGCUGACGGACGACUACACGUGGGUAGUGGACCCGAUCGAUGGGACCAUGUCCUUCGUCCACGGGCUGCCGGACUGCUGCGUCAGCAUCGGUCUCACGCACCGCAAGCAGCCCGUGCUCGCCGUCGUCUUUACCCCGUUCAUCAGCUCUGGCGUUCGCCUCACCACCGCCGCGUCCGCCAUGCUGCGGAGUGUGCAGCAGCAGGCGCAGCAGCAACUCACCCUCUCCUCCUCUUCCCCGACCGGGAUGCCAAGCAGCGCCACGACAACGAGCGAUGCCGCAGCUGUCGCACCUUUGACGGGACUAUCUUCUACCGCCACCGCCCCCUCCGCGGCAGCAAAGAUGAAUAAAACAGCCAGCGCAGGUCCUAAAACAGAGACACACGUGCCCGCCUCCGCAGAUGCUACGACGCUGCCUGUUAUGACCCAUUCGAGCCCUAGCGUGGUGCCGGAGUGCAAUGGCGAGCUCUUCACCGCCAUCCGCGGCCAGGGCGCGUACUUAAACGGGCGUCGUCUACACGUGAACACCAACGCCACGCCUCGCACCGCCCUCGUCGUCUUCAACUACCCGUACGGGGUGGAGCUGACGACGACGGAGGCCGCCCGUCCUGAUGCCGCGACGAUCCGUCAGCGCCGGCACGCGGAGGCAGUGGACUGCAGCGCCCGCAUGCGGGAGGAGCUCGCCACGCUGCCCGUGGCGGGGCUUCGCUGCUACGGCAGCUCCGUCACCACCUUCGCCCAGAUCGCGGCCGGCCGCGUCGAUGCCUAUCUAGAGCCAGCCGGCAAGGCGUGGGAUGUCUGCGCCGGCUCGCUGCUCGUGACGGAGGCGGGAGGGUUAGUGUACAACAUGCUGGGCGAUGCGUUCGAUAUGGCACGAGAUACCACCAUCGUGGCCGCGGCGAACCAAGAGCUGGCUGAACUGCUCACGAAGCGAUGCGUUAACCACAACUUCGGACGCUUUUGGUUGCUUAAGAAAUAG